CUGUCUCUUACUGUCAGGUCUUUAGCCGGAGGUGUAGUGUGUAGUGACAUUAGCGUUAGCAAAGAUGGACAUGGCAGACUACAGCGAAGCCUUGGACCCGGCCUACACAACGCUGGAGUUUGAAAACAUGCAAGUGCUUUCUAUGGGCUCUGACGCGUCGCCCACGGAGAGCUCCACCAUGAGCGGGGGCGGGGGGCACCUGGCAGCGGGCAGCCUGUGUGCCAUCUGUGGAGACCGUGCUACAGGGAAACACUACGGGGCAUCCAGCUGUGACGGGUGUAAGGGCUUCUUCAGACGCAGUGUACGCAAGAAUCACAUGUACUCCUGCAGGUUUAACAGACAGUGUAUAGUGGACAAAGACAAGAGGAACCAGUGCAGAUACUGUCGGCUCAAAAAGUGCUUCAGAGCUGGAAUGAAAAAAGAAGCUGUACAGAAUGAGAGAGACCGCAUCAGCACCAGGAGGUCCAGUUAUGAGGACAGUAGCCUCCCCUCCAUCAAUGCCCUUAUCCAGGCUGACGUGCUCUCCAGACAGAUCACAUCCCCGACUCCCAUCCUGAAUGGAGACAUCAGGACUAAGAAGUUGGCCUCCAUCUCAGACGUGUGUGAGUCCAUGAAGCAGCAGCUCCUGGUGCUGGUAGAGUGGGCCAAGUACAUCCCAGCCUUCUGUGAUCUGCCCCUCGAUGAUCAGGUGGCACUGCUCAGAGCUCACGCUGGAGAACAUCUGCUUCUCGGAGCUGCAAAGAGGUCCAUGCUGUACAAAGACAUUCUACUAUUAGGAAAUGACCACAUAAUCCCGAGGAACAGUCCGGAGCUGGAGGUGGGCCGUGUGGCCGUGAGGAUCCUGGAUGAGUUGGUGCUGCCGUUUCAGGAGCUACAGAUCGAUGAUAAUGAAUAUGCCUGUUUAAAAGCUAUCGUCUUCUUCGACCCAGACGCUAAAGGCCUCAGUGACCCGGGGAAGAUCAAGCGCAUGAGGUACCAGGUGCAGGUGAGCCUGGAGGACUACAUCAAUGACCGUCAGUACGAUAGCAGGGGGCGCUUUGGAGAGCUGCUGCUGCUGCUGCCCACGCUCCAGAGCAUUACGUGGCAGAUGAUCGAGCAGAUCCAGUUUGUCAAGCUCUUUGGGAUGGCCAAGAUCGACAACCUGCUGCAGGAGAUGCUGCUGGGAGGUUCUGCCUCUGAAGCCCCUCACGCCCCUCACUCUCUGCACCCUCACCUGGUCCAAGAGCACCUCAGCACCAACGUCAUUGUCAGCUCUCUGCCCACGCCCAUCCACAAUGGACAGAUCUCCACUCCGGAGACCCCCAUCCCUUCUCCUCCAGCCGCCUCCAGCUCAGAACACUUCAAAAUGGCUCCUGGUGUCAUAGCAACAGUUCCCAAGCAACCCACGUCCAUCCCGCAGCCAACCAUCACCAAGCAAGAGGCGAUCUGAAGUACAAAAAUACUACUACUAACACUACUACUGCCACUACUGCAAACAUGUCUACCACUGGACACUGGGGUCAUAGCCAAAGUGCCCAAGCAACACAGCUCUACAAGUAGUCACCUAAAAAAAUAUUCUGUCAAUACUACUAUGACAAAUACUACUUUUACUGCCAAUCUCCACUACUGCCUUAUAUGGAUGGAAGGAUGGAAGAAGACAUUAGUAGAAUAUAAUUAAUUUAAAGCUGUUAACAAAGUGCCUAAAUGUUAAAAGUUAGGCCAAAGUUGGUUUUCAUAAUGGUAGAAUGAGCUGGUGGCAAGCCUUUCUCACAUACAGCAGCAGUUAGAAUGUAUCCAUCAAAAAUAAAAUCCACAAAUGUUGAAACUGCUUCAAAAUCUGCAGGUUAACAACUGACAUUUUUCUGCUCCUCAUCUUAAAGGUGCUGUAACUGAUGGUCCAAAGUUAUUCCUCACUUACUUUAUGCAUAAUGCGUAUCCUAAUUAUUCACCUUGAUGAGUUUAUAAGAACUUUUCACAAUUUUUAAAGAUGAGAGCGAAGUUUUGCUGUGACUGUAAAGCUGACAACUAACAUGUUAACCACACACUUGCAGAUUCCUUUUAACUGGAGACAGAACAGCUCACUUAUUUUGAUCUCAGUAUAGCUCUGCUGGAGUCAGACAUUUUUAUAGUGAAUUCUGAGUGUAUUUUGGCUAUGUGUUGUCCAUACAUUCAAAACGAAAUAUUUUUUAAUAAUUAAUUAUUUUGUACAUAAAUUUAUAUUGAGCGUCCAAAAAGUGUGGGGCCUUUCUGACAUGGAUUAUUUUUUUCAUGUCAGUAUUCAGUGGAUGUUACAACUGGCCCAAAUCAGGACUAAACCAAGACUAGAACAGGACCAAACCAAGUCUACAUCAGGACUAAAUGGGCUCAAUUAAGAAUAACAGAAUAACAAUUAAAGUGAAUAUAAUCUCAGACUCUAAAAAAGUACAUUUUCGUUACAUGCUGCUUUUAAAGGGCCCAUAUGAUACUAUUUUCUGAUCUAUGUUAUAAUGUUGUUUCCUCAUCACAAACAGACCUGGAGUUGUGUUGUUUCAUUCACACAAACCUGCAUAUUUAGAAUGAGUUUUUCUCUCAGACUAAAAACACACUGUUCCACCUUGUGAUGUCACGUGGUAAUACAGGAAAUACCCCAGUGUGUUUUUAAACUCCAUACACUUUCACAAGAAUCAUUUGGAUGAUUUCAGCCCUGGAACUGCCCAAGGUAAAAGGAGCUGUUAACUUGAAAACUACCACUACAUGACAUCACAAGGUGGAACAGAGCAUUUUGGGCUUUGGAGAUGUAUGAAUGAAACAAAACACAACUCCAGAUCUGUUUUUGAUGAGCUAACAGCAUUAUAACAUGUCUUAAAGCUCACUAGAAUCCAUUUUGUGUAAUAUAGGACCUUUAAGAUGAUGCUCAGGAUUUUUACCCCAUAAAUUAAUUUGAAUGUUGUUUUUUAAAUACAUUGUGUAAGAUUUUUUUGUGUGUGUGUUGUAAAUUUCAUAAUAAAGUGUGGACAAUGUCAAUUUGAAUGCAGAAAUGAGGCGUACUUUUGCUAUAGAACAUUUGUGUAUGUCUGUCCAAGCCAGAAAUGCAUUAAAUUGUUACAUGAGAACUAGUAACUGCCACUUUGUAAGGACAUAAAGACUUAUUUUAGAAUUAUUCUGGUUUUAAAAAUAUAUUCUAUUUUUUGUUUAGUACUUUUUGUGCCUGGUGGAUUGAAUGUGCCUUAUUGAAACUGCCUUACAAAGAGGCGAUAUUUCAGCCUGACAAUGUGAAGUCGAGGUAAUAAACUGUUGGUAUGUUUUUACACUGAGUGGACCAUUCUUUAUAACAAGGGUGGUGGCAGAGUGGUUAGCAUUCUGGUCUCACAGCGAAGAGGUCCCGGGUUAGAUUCUUGGAUUGUGUGGACUUUGCAUGUUCUCCUUGUGUCUCGGUGGGUGUUCAAGU